GGUGAAGGUACUGGGACCGAGGUUGAACGGAACUCCCUGUUCUCGCGGGAGCUAGAGGCGGGACUGCCACGUCCGAGCAAACCGGGAAAGGAGAGGAUUCCGGAGCCGCGUGAUGGCCAGAGGCCUGGGGGUCCCCCACUGGGUGGCCGUGGGACUGCUGAUCUGGGCGGCCUUGGGGCUGCUAGUAGCCGGACACGGGGGUCAUGGCGACCUGUACGAAGACCUGCACGAGGACUUCCAGGGCCACAGCCACAGGCACUCACAUGAGGAUUUCCACCAUGGACACAGCCAUGCCCCUGGCCACACUCACGAGAGCAUCUGGCAUGGGCAUACCCACGGUUACGACCAUGGGCAUUCACAUGAGGAUUUGCACCAUGGCCAUAGUCAUAGCCACUCUCAUGAGAGCCUCUACCACCAAGGACAUGGACAUGAUCAUGAGCACAGCCAUGGAAUCUAUGAGGAGUCUGGGGCUCCAGGCAUCAAGCAGGACCUGGACACUGUCACUCUCUGGGCCUAUGCACUGGGGGCCACAGUGCUGAUCUCUGCAGCUCCAUUUUUCGUCCUCUUCCUUAUCCCCGUGGAGUCAAACUCCCCUCGGCACCGCUCUCUGCUCCAGAUCUUGCUGAGUUUUGCUUCAGGUGGGCUCUUGGGAGAUGCCUUCCUGCACCUCAUCCCUCAUGCUCUGGAACCUCAUUCUCACCACCCUCUGGAGCAGCCUGGACAUGGACAUUCCCACAGUGGCCAGGGCCCCAUUCUGUCUGUGGGACUGUGGGUCCUCAGUGGAAUUGUCGCCUUUCUCGUGGUGGAGAAAUUUGUGAGACAUGUGAAAGGAGGACAUGGACACGGACAUGGACACGCUCACAGUCACACACAUGGAAGACAGGAGCGUCCUUCAAAGGAGAAACAGAGCUCAGAGGAAGAAGAAAAGGAAGCAGGGGGGUCGAGGAAGAGCAGAGGAGGGAGCACAAGGCCCAAAGACAGGCCAGUGAAACCUCAGAACUCUGAAGAGGAAAAAGCAGGUUCAGACCUACGUGUAUCAGGGUACCUGAAUCUGGCUGCUGACCUGGCACACAACUUCACGGAUGGUCUGGCCAUUGGUGCUUCAUUUCGAGGGGGUCGGGGACUGGGGAUCCUGACCACAAUGACUGUUCUGCUACAUGAAGUGCCCCAUGAAGUUGGGGACUUUGCCAUCUUGGUCCAGUCUGGCUGCAGCAAAAAGCAGGCGAUGCGUCUACAGCUACUGACGGCAAUAGGGGCACUGGCAGGCACAGCCUGUGCCCUCCUAACUGAAGGAGGGGCAGUGGGCAGUGAAGUUGCAGGUGGCACAGGUCCUGGCUGGGUUCUGCCAUUCACUGCAGGUGGCUUUAUCUACGUAGCAACGGUGUCAGUGUUGCCUGAGCUGUUGAGGGAGGCAUCACCAUUGCAAUCACUUCUGGAGGUGCUGGGGCUGCUGGGGGGAGUUGUCAUGAUGGUGCUGAUUGCCCACCUUGAGUGAGAGGUGGGGUAAACCAGCCCCACCCCAGCCCCAAACCUCUAGCCUCUAAGCCCUCCAGGUCAGGGGUCUGUGGAAGUUGGGGGCCCUGGCCUGGGACAUCUGCCAAAGGAGGGAGUUGUAUCCUAGGGAGGUGGCGACUUUGGCUUGAAAGCUAUCAACAUUUGGCAGUCUUACAGGGGCUGCAGAGGUGAGAAUGACAGCCCAGAGGGACCAUAGUGUUGGGCAUGAGCUGACCAUGUUGUUGGGUUUGGGGGCUAAGUGGGGCCAUGAAGAAGGCUGGAAGAGAGAGGAGUCAUGGCAGCCUACCCCAUAUCCCCCACCCCACCUAUUCACAGAGGACCAAGCUGCCACACACUGGCUUCUCCAGGGUCCACCUCCCUCUCUCCCACCUGUUGGUGGAAACUCCAGGGAAGACCAGAGCCCUGAAGUGGGUAGCAGAAGUCGGGGAUAAACGUCAAUCGUGUGUCCUGAUUUGGGAGUGAUUGGGGGGGAGGGGGGCUAGUUGCUACUCUCAUGGCCUGAUUUUUUUUGUUUGUUUGUAUUCUUUUAUAUCACUGUUUGAAUGGAGGAGGAGGGGUGAUGACCGGAAAUAAAGUCCUUGGAUCUUCCGCUCCA